AUGGGGAGGAAAUCAGGGGCUGACGAGGCUCCCCUCACGGAGCGCAUGAGGAAGGCGACCCGUGAGGUGCACUCGGUCAGCGACAUGCUGGUGAACAGCCGGCUCGCGGUGGCCCUGACCUCAAAGCGACUCUACGCUGAGGCUCUCGCGCUGUUCCAGCCCGUCAUGGAGGAGAUAGAGACGCUCGUGGAGGCCUGCAGCCACUCUGCCGUCAAGCCAGCAGCGUCCCUGCUUCCACGGACGCGGCGGGCGGCCGCAAUGCGCGCCGACAUCACGUUCCACAGCGGGAAGGAGCCGAGCGACACCGAGCUCUCGGAAGCGCAGAAGCUCUACAUCAACCACGUCCGGAUGCUCGCGCGCAAGAGGCCCGAGCUGCUCCUUCCCUAUGUCUACCAUCUCCACAUGGCUGUGUUCUCCGGCGGACAGAUCAUCCGCCGGCAGGUGCGCCGGCGGCUCAAGUUGGGCGACGACGGCCCCGGCACGGCCGCGUUCGAGCUCCCCGGGGAGAACGUCGCUGCGCUGAAGGCCGAAUACAAACGCGCCGUCGACAGCCUGGAGCGCACGCUGCCGUCGUGCGCCGCGCGGGACAACAUGUUCGAGGAGAUCGUCGCAGAGUCGAAGCGGGUGUUCGAGCUCAACAACCACCUCGUGCGGUCGUGGAAGGUCAGCUGGUUCGCGACCGCGCUCGCGCUCCUGCAGCUCCUCCCGAAGGAGGCUCUGUUGACCGCGGCCCUGUUCUUUCUGACGACGUACGUGAUGAUCCAGCGGCAGGGCUGGGCGCCCAAGCUGGGCGUGCUCGGGAUGUGA